AUGCUCUCCAAGUAUCUUCUCGUCCUCGCCGCCGCUGCUGCCGGUGUCAACGCGCAACAGCUCCCUUCGUCAGCUCCCGUGAGUGCUUCGUUCUCCGCUGUAAUGUGGCAGCGCACUGGCAGCGCCGCUGGAGAAGAGAUCAGACUGCUGACAUCCAACUUUCUCCCGUAUAGUCGUGCGCCACCAGCUGUGUAAGUUGAUUGGCAUCUCAUAAAGCUGGAUGUAUCGCUCUCGCCGGCGGACCCCGUUGACGAAGGCUACCAGAUUCAGAUCAAGCCUGGGCCUGUUCUCGGGAUCCGCACGAGGCGAUGACGCAUGCGACGCUAGUCUCUACUCAGCUAGCCAGCUCGACGUGACGACUGACCGAAGGCCCCAUCUUCCGACAACCACUCAUGACAGUUCACCAUCAAGAUCUCCGAGGCCGGUUCGCUCGCUCCUGGAGUUGAUCCGACCAGUCAGUUGCUACGAUACGAUCCAUCGUAUACCCAGAGCUGUGUUGACUGAUUGCCUUAACUAUACGCCUCACAGACAUCGCCGGUAGGUUGGGGUGCGGCAAGCGGACAGACAUACUGCCCAGGACUGCAAACACUUACAUCUACCACAUGGGCUUCAUCACUUCAAGGCCUCUGCGGAGUCCGCACUUUCAUCGGGGCCUUCGUGAGUUUGGUGUGGCUGGCGGCCAGCUUCCAGUCCUGCUUCGUGAUCUGAUGCCAUGCGGUGGAGCCCUCACAGGUCAACUGCUGCAAUGACAACUGCGCUUCGGCAGCCGAGGGUUAGCCUCUCUUUUUCGCUGAUUUUUGUGAAGCUUUCUUCCUGACAGCGACAUGAUUCCACCCGCAGUCGCCACUUCGGUCGCCCUUGCCCAACAAGUUUGCGCUUCGGCUGGCGUAGCCAUUCCCACCACCGUGGGUCUCCAUUCACACUCAAAUAUCGUCCCGCGUCAAGAAGCUCAUGCCAUCUUCUCUCCUAUGUUCUGGCAUCUCAGGGCUACUCUGGAGCGGCUGCGGGCGAGAUCGCUAGCCUCAGUUCGAUCCCCAUCGCCUCCGGUGAGUUGGUGCCAGAGCAUUCUCGAGGGCACCGAGUUAGCUCCCAAUUUUGCUGACUAGUUACGGUACAAUGUGCAGUUACGAGUGGUGCUUCCGCGGCCGCUUCGUCCGUGUCGGCCGGCCCGUCGGCGUCGGCCUCCUCUGCCAUGAGCGCUGCUUCGAGUGUGGCUUCCGGCGCCUCGGCCUCGGCUGGAUCGGUCCUCUCGGGUGCUUCGAGUGCCGCGUCGGGAGCCGUCGCAGGUGCUUCGUCCGUUGCUUCUGUCGCUGCCUCUGGCGCUGGAUCUGUCGCUAGUGACGCCACCUCCGUUGCUGGCGUCGCCACUUCCGGUGCUGCGUCCGUUGCUGGCGCCGCUACUUCCGGCGCUGCAUCCGUUGCUGGCGCCGCCACGUCCGUCGCGGGGGUACGUUUUCGCGGCGUGGCCCCUAUCCUAAAGCUGCACGAAUCUUGACCGUUCCUUUUCCGCUUCUGAUCAUAGGCGUUCACCAGUGCUCUUGCUGGUGAGUGUCUCGAGUCGAAGUCAGGAUGGUCGCCAUUGUACUGACCUUAGUACCACUUGUUUGCCCACCCAGCCGCGACCGCGAAGGCCGCCUCCCCCGCCGACAAGGUCGCCGUCUCCGGUGUCCUUGGUUUCGUCGCCGGUGUUGUCGCUCUCUUCGCUUGA